GAUUCUGAGUAACAAUAAAAUAACAGAGUUGAAGAAUGGUUCCUUCUCUGGAUUACACCUUCUUGAAAGAUUGGACCUUAAGAACAACCUUAUUAGUACUAUAGAUCCAGGAGCUUUUCUGGGGCUUUCAUCUCUGAAAAGACUAGACUUAACUAAUAACAGAAUAGGCUGCCUGAAUGCAGAUAUAUUUAAAGGACUUGUAAACCUUAUUAGAUUGAAUCUUUCUGGAAAUUUGUUUUCUACACUUACACAGGGAACAUUUGAUCAUCUUGGUUCACUAAAGUCUCUAGAAUUUCAGACUGAUUAUCUUCUUUGCGAUUGCAACAUACUGUGGAUGCAUCAGUGGUUAAAGGAAAGAAAUAUAACUGUACGUGAAACUAAAUGCGCCUAUCCCAGGUCACUUCAGUCGCAGACAGUGACUGGUGUUAAGCAGGAGCUUCUGACCUGUGAACCGCCGCUUGAAUUACCAUCUUUUUAUAUGACUCCAUCUCACCGUCAGGUUGUCUUUGAAGGAGAUAGUCUACCAUUCCAAUGUAUGGCUUCGUAUAUUGAUCAAGACAUGCAAGUCUUGUGGUAUCAGGAUGGAAAGAUAGUGGAAACUGAUGAGUCCCAGGGUAUUUUUGUUGAAAAAAACAUGAUUCAUAACUGCUCACUGAUUGCAAGCGCACUGACAAUUUCAAACAUUCAGGCUGGCUCAACAGGAAACUGGGGUUGCCACGUACAAACCAGACGUGGGAAUAACACAAGGACAGUAGACAUUGUGGUGUUAGAAAGCUCUGCGCAGUACUGCCCUCCAGAGAGGGUUGUGAACAAUAAAGGGGAUUUCAGGUGGCCUAGAACAUUGGCAGGCAUCACAGCAUACCUGCUGUGUACACGUUAUUCUGCUGGCAGUGGGAUAUAUCCUGGCAACUCACAAGAUGAGAGAAGAGCCUGGCGCAGAUGCGACAGGGGAGGCUACUGGGCAGAAGAGGACUACUCCAGGUGCCAAUAUGCAAAUGAUGUGACUCGAGUUCUUUAUAUGUUCAAUCAGAUGCCACUCAACCUUACUAAUGCAGUAGCAACAGCAAGACAGCUCUUGGCUUACACUGUUGAAGCAGCAAAUUUUUCUGAUAAGAUGGAUGUUAUUUUUGUGGCUGAAAUGAUAGAGAAAUUUGGAAGAUUUGCUGAAAAGUAUAAAGAGCUUGGUGACGUGAUGGUGGACAUAGCAAGUAACAUUAUGUUAGCUGAGGAACGUGUUCUGUGGAUGGCACAAAGGGAAGCCAAGGCUUGCACUAGAAUUGUACAGUGUCUGCAGAAAAUUGCUAUGUAUCGGCUUGCAAAUGGAGCUCAAGUUUAUUCUACUUAUUCUCCAAAUAUUGCUCUUGAGGCUUAUGUAAUAAAGGCUGCUGCUUUCACUGGGAUGACAUGCACCGUAUUUCAGAAAGUGGCUACAUCAGACCGUACAGGACUCAGUGACUACGGGAGAAGAGAUCCAGAUGGAAAUCUAGAUAAACAAUUAAGCUUUAAGUGCAACGUUUCAAAUACACUGUCAAGUCUGGCUUUAAAGAACACAAUUGUAGAGGCUUCUAUCCAGUUACCAGCUUCCCUUUUCACCCAAAAGCAAAAAAGAGAAAUCAGACCAGCAGAUGAAUCCAUCUACAAGCUUCAACUUAUUGCAUUUCGCAAUGGAAAGCUUUUUCCAGCAACAGGAAAUUCAACCAAUCUGGCUGAUGAUGGGAAGCGUCGCACAGUUGUAACACCAGUUAUCGUUACCAAGAUAGAUGGUUUAAACCUAGCCAGUCACCACGUUCCUAUAAAUGUGACACUGCGGCGCAUUGCGCACGGAGCAGAUGCUGUUGCAGCUCAGUGGGACUUUGAUUUACUGAAUGGACAAGGGGGAUGGAAAUCUGAUGGUUGUCGCAUUCUUCUGUCUGAUGAAAAUAUUACUACCAUUCAGUGCUACUCCCUCAGCAACUAUGCAGUUUUAAUGAAUUUGUCUUGGGAAGCUUCUCUUUUUACAGAUGGUGACUGUUACCCUGCUCAUCAGUCAACACCACAGAUGCAAAAUGAUAAAAUGUGA